AUGGACUCAUCGCCGCUUGUGAAAGCUCACGACCACGUGCGCGCUGCAGGCGUAGCCCACCAGUCAUCCGAUAGCACGGUCGCAAUCACCGAACACACUCAAGCUGCCGGCGAGUUUGCCAACGCCGCCAGGUCAACCUCGAGCAUCGAAGCUCUCCGAACCCUCAAACUUUUGGAAGAGCACCAUCGGAAGAUCGCAGAUAUCCUCAAACGUCCUACCGCGCCUGCUCCCCAAGUCGACGAUACCGAUGUUAGCGAAAAGGAUUCAUCCGACAAGACCAGCAUUGCCUCCCAAGAUGCGCACGACAAGAAAGAAAACAAGAAUGAUUCUCCGGCGUCCAAGAAGAUAGCUCCUCCUACUCAGAGGCGAUAUGCCCACCGCGAAAUGUCUUCAUCCAUUGCCAGCAACUUGGCUAAUGCUCGCGGUAUCCCGUCGAAGUAUCGAGGCCAGCCUCUUGCGCCGAGUGUUAGUAACGACCAGGCUCCAGGCAACCUUGAUGCGGCGAGCCAUUCUCGAGGAACAAAAGCCAAGAUGCAAAAUAUUAUUGAUCACCGGUCCGGUAAACCAACAUGGGUUCCUCCUGCCCCUGUGACUACACGCUCCGAUAGCCAUGGAAAGGGCUCAUCUUCCCCACGGUCUGAUGCUGCAUCUUCCGUGCUAGCCAGUGACGAUGGCGGAUACACACGAUUCUACAACGCUUUCGGAAGUAUCAUGAACAAGAUUUCGGCACCUUUGGCCUUUGCUGGGCUGCCCUUGAUCCAAGAAGAAUCCUCCAUCUCAGAACCCCAAGAUUCUCCAGAAAUGUCCCCCAAGCGUAGUCACCUCAAGGUUUCCCCAUCCAAGGUUCCAGAACCGGACAUCAGCAAGAUUUAUUCGCAGGCAACACUGAAGACUUUGGCAAGAGAGGGACAUGGGCCGACCGAUUCUUUCUAUGUCGUACCCAGUACUGGUCACACCAUGUCUUAUGCGAAUAUCUUGAGUUUUGCCGAAAAAGAAAAGAGGCGCCUUGGGGCUUCGUCCCACAGCGACCUUCUUGACGUUCCGGAUGAAGAUGAUGACGACUUUGUUGAUGCCCGGGAGGCGCCCUCGCUAUCGCCUGGAGCCAAACGACGCAUCGGCCGUGCCAGCACUGACAGGGAACUAAACAACACUAUCGAGGAAUUAUAUACUGAAAACAAAUCUCUUAAAGAUAUGCUCGACAAGCUGACCAAGCGACUCCAUGCAUUUGAAGCCAGCGCUCAGACUUCAGCUAUGGCCCUUGCUGAAAGUUAUCGCCUCAUGCGUCCUGGAUCUCCUUCUGCCUCCCCUCAUCCGAGCAAGGUAGCAGAUGAAAAUUUGCGACGCAAGAAUCAAGAGAUUGAAGAACAGCUCGCUGCUGCUGUGAAACAGAUAGAGAGGCUCGAGAAGGAUAACCGUAAAAUGCAAAAGGUUCUGGAUAAGUAUCGAGAGAAGUGGGAGACGCUGAAAGCGGGAGCAAAAGCUCGGAGAGAGGCUCAAGGGGUUGGUGAGAGUGUAGACGAUGCGUCGACGACCGGGUAG